AUGACGACUCCAAAAUACAAUUUGACGGAACUCCGAAAUCUACAGGAGGACGAUGAGUUAGAUCUGUCGGCUUCUGCAAUUCAAGAUUUCCCGAAAGCAAUCACCCAAUUGACACGGUUGACCAAAUUGGAUUUGAGCUCGAAUCGAAUCGCUUUCCUGCCAGAAUCGUUCUGCACGAUGGAUAAACUCAUUCGGCUGGAUCUCGGAAACAAUCAAUUGCAUCACCUUCCCGAUGGAAUUGGUCUUAUGAAGAGUCUUCAGCAUCUCAACCUGUACAAUAACAAGUUGGAAGACCUCCCGCUAUCCUUCGGAAACCUCAAAUCCUUGAAAUGGUUGGAUUUGAAGAAGAAUCCAAUCAAUAAGCCUCUGCUCGCCAUCGCUGGAAACUGUGGAACGGAUGCAGAGUGUAAGACAGCUGCCAAGCAAGUUGUCAAUGUCUAUAUGGGCGAAAAGCAAAAGGAAUUCGCUCAUAAAAAGGCACAGGAGGCGAAGUUGAAAGAGAAAGUGGCAAAAGCUCAGCAGGAGGAGAAGAUUCGAAAGCAUCAGGAGAAGAAACAGAAGGAGGCGGAGAUGAAAGCGGAGAAGGACGCAAAGCAACGCGAGCACGCCUCGAACAACAAGUCUCAACAACACACGCCUCCACACAAAGAACAUCAAAAGCCUCACAAGAAGGAGACGUCGCAUAAUAAGGCGUCGGAUGCCAAGAAAACUGAAAAGCCACGUGGAUUCUUCAGAAAGUUGUUCGGAUUCAUCUGGACGUGCUUCUUCUACCUGACACUAAUCCUCGCCACCUCAAGUACCAUCGCCAUUGGUCUUGACUGCAAAGGUCUCGGAACUCCGAUCCCAGGAACUGCUCCACUUUGCAAGGAUCUCUCGCUUAUCGGAACUGGAAAUAAGCCAUCGGCCGCAUUUGUACAAAAUACAAAGAAGGCGUACGGGCAAGUGCUGACCGGAUACCACAACCAAUUGAAACCUCAUGUCGCCCCAAUUCAAGCAUCGAUCAGCAAGCAAUGGAAGCAGUUCGCCAAGACUGAUAUUGGAAAGAAGGUCGAAAGUAUCGCAUUCCAAGUUCACACAUGGAUUGUCGAUAAGUGGGUGAAGGUUCAACGAUUUGUUCAACAACAAUGGGCCAAGAUUCAAGCUUGGUGGAAGAGUACCGGACAGAAGCAAUUCGGACCAGCUCUUGAAGGAUUUAUGAUUGGACUCAAGAUGGUAUUCCAGAUUGUUGCAGAUAUUGCUCGCCAUUUUGCAGGUCUCCUUGUUCAUUUCGUUGCUCGUGUCAAGACCUUCUUCCUCGCAUGGUCUGAUGGUGGAUUCAAUGCUGCUAUGAACACUCUGAACCACUGA